UAUUCACCUGCAGGACAAUCGACCCCAGAAAAGCAAGGCCCCAGCCUCGCCUCGCGUACGCUAGGUGCCUGGCGCUGAAUCUCAAGAGGCUCGCGAGCUUGAGCUUUGGAACCAAACAGAUCAAUAACUCAUCCAUCCACCGAAAUAGACUACCACCUCCCUGAAGAGCAGUCUACAGUCACUUCACCCCUCCGAAACCUCAAUUUCUCCUGUCAAGAUGGGUUCUGAUCCUCAAUACGCGAAGUAUCCACUUCUACCCAUUGCCCAGCACAUCUUCACUCUUACCAAUCCCUCUGCGCCAAAACCAGUCCAGCAAACGUCGUUGAAGUCUCUCCAAGACGCGAUCUCUGAGCAUAAGAUGGCACCUCUGUAUCGGUACUUAGCACACCCAACGGAAGGUAUCCUCAACGAGAGUGGUGUCAGCUCGUCGAAGUCAACAAAGCCCUUGGGACGAAAGCCAAGCGCGGCUGGUAUGGUGGCAAGCAAGCAUUCAAUACCCAAGGUCGAUCUGCCAUGGGAUGAUUCAUUGUACGAAAAGUUAAAGAAGGAAAACGACGAGGAGCUGGAGGGCUUCAAGAAGGAAGAAGAGGAGGCUGCGGAGAAGGCUGGCGAGACUGAGGUUCAGGCUGCGAGAGGAAAGCGUGCAGAAUUCUGGGCACGAGUUGGAGACAAGGAUCGUGCAAUCGCAGCGUAUGAAGAGGUAUUCGAGAAAACCGGUGUCUUGGGAACAAAAAUUGAUAUUGUACUUGCUAUAAUCAGGAUGGGUCUAUUUUACGGGGACAAGUUACUGGUCAAGAAGCACGUUGAUAGAGCAAAGACAUUGGUUGAGAGUGGUGGAGAUUGGGACCGAAGGAAUCGAUUGAAGGCAUACCAAGGUCUUUACCUCCUCACAGUCCGGUCAUACGCUUUGGCCGCUCCCCUCCUCCUCGACAGUCUCUCAACCUUCACCAGCUACGAACUGUGCAGCUACUCGUCACUUGUCGUCUAUUCCGUACUCGCUGGGUCCGUCUCGCUAAAGCGCGUUGACUUCAAGUCAAAGGUUGUAGAUGCGCCAGAGAUCAAGGCAAUUCUUGGGGAUGGCGAGGAUAAGCUUCUGGCUCUGUCGGGAGCACUCUCAGCUGGCCCUGGUGCUGAUGAAGAAAUGAAGGAUGUCUCAUCUGCAACUCCUGCCAAAACAGCUGUAAACCUCACAACGCUGGGAAGCGAUCAACCCGAGGCUGAACUUGCUGUCGAUUUCUCGCCACUUGCUCAACUCGUUGGUAGCUUGUACACCGGAAGCUAUCGAUCAUUCUUUGGAGCUCUGGCUGCUGUUGAAGUCAGCUUUCUGACCCAGGAUCGCUAUCUUUACGAGCAUCGUGGCUGGUUCGUCAGAGAGAUGCGUCUCCGCGCUUACCAGCAAUUGCUGCAAAGUUACCGUGUCGUUGGUCUUGAAAGUAUGGCCAACGAUUUCGGUGUCUCUGUUGAUUUCCUGGACCGGGAUUUGGCCAAGUUCAUUGCCGCGGAGCGCAUCCCAUGUACUAUUGACCGUGUAACCGGAAAGGGUAUCAUUGAGACCAACAGACCUGACGAUAAGAACAAGCAGUAUACCGACGUUGUGAAACAGGGUGAUCAGCUCAUCACCAAGCUUCAGAAGUACGGGCAAGCCGUAAGACUGAGAGGUAGCGAGCGAGCAUAGAUGGUUUAUCGAUACUGAGCAGCGACAGCAUGCAUACUCCGCGUUU